UUUCAAAUUUCCGGUAUACAUGAUUAUUCAGAAUUACCAGUGACUUGAACUUCCACCUGUUUUGCGCGUCGAGCCAACAGCAGUCAUCAUCUCGCUCCCAAUAUGUUCCAAAGCGCACUUCGUACAUCUCUUUCACUCCACAGGAGCACUGUUUCCAGCUGUCUAAGGUCACAAACGUUCCGUCGAUUUCUAUCGCAAGAGUCUCGCGCAAAAAUACAGUCUGCAGUGACCGAAUACCCUGUGGUACUGUUUAUGAAGGGCAACCCAGAGCAGCCUAUGUGCGGUUUUUCACGAGGGGUCGUGAAGAUCCUCAGCGCUUUCGACAUUCCACCUGAAAAGUUCAAGACAUAUAAUGUCCUCGAGGAUUUGGAGCUGAGGACCGGAAUUAAAGAAUUCUCGGAAUGGCCAACCAUCCCACAACUGUAUGUGAAUGGGGAAUUUGUAGGUGGGAGCGACAUUGCUUUAAGCAUGUUUCAAUCGGGAGAGUUGGAAACGCUCCUUGAGCAGCAUGGGGUGAUCCCGAAGGUAUCGGAAAGUUGAGACUGUACAUGCACCAUACCCUCCACAGGUACAGGUACAUACGUGCACCAACCCGUCAAUCUUACGGCUUUUGGGAAACACCGCGGGUAGAUUGUCAAGAGUGUAUUAACAACAAUCUAAUAAAUAUCACUACUUUUCCUUGUUGUCCUCCUCGACUUCGACUUCGUUCAGAGACUAGAAGGUCCUAUAUGGUCGGAAGACCACUUCUGUUCCAGGCUCCGAGGUAGAGAAAGGCACGAAUUGUUGACCGUGCGAGUCGGUUGCGAGUAAAGUGAAGGAGCUGCCGGUCCUGCGAGAAGGCACGUUCAACCGCAGUCGAUGCUACUGAGCGAG